CUGGUUUGGCAUGAGCGGUCCCUGCGAUGAGAUGGCAGAGAAACGAAAGCUUCGAGCACCUCCUACGACGCGGACGCGAAAAUCCGACGCGACCACCCCACAACGCCAGGUCCCCGCGAAAAGAAAAGCUUCGGCGACGCCAGCUCCAAAGCUCCCUGAACCAGUCGAAGAGGAGCCUCUCCCCACGAAGAUCAAGGAAGGAAACCCACUGCCAACCCUCGCUAAAGUACAGCCGGGAAACCUGUCAUUGCGGGAUUAUCAGCCCUAUGACGAAAGCGCUGUGGUCGCUGCCGCUCUUCGACGGUCGCAGACAAGAUGGCUCCACGAGUGUAUUUUCGAAAAAUACUGGACAAAGCCGUCCAGAAAGAAAGGCCAGCCGCAGCCCGCAACUCCAAAUCCUCCGAAGGAAUCCAUGACCAAAUUGGGCCCGUGUACAAUUGUGAUUGAACCUCACCAUUUCGACGUUAUGCUUUAUACCGUGCGCAAUCCGCAAUCCCAACAACAAACGCCACCCCCUCCUCCUCCCCCUUCUCAAAAGCCUCUGAUCCAUGUUCAAUACACUGCGCCAAGCAACUCGAAUACCUUCCACCAAUAUCAACCUCCUCCGCCAGCAAACCAGUCCCGGCAGUCUCCUCAGGUCCCGCAAACCUCCCAUCUGCCGGCUUUACAUAGCCCCCAAGUGUCACAACCAGCACCCAAAACCACAUUUGCACCACCCUCACAACCCAUCCAGCCAGCACAGCAGAGCGCCGGACAGACGUAUCAAAAUAAUCAUUUUGGACCACUCUCUAGCUCUCCUUCGGAAACACCUUCUAGACCGCUUACUUCGCAUGGCGAAUCGCAACCCAGUCCCCCACCUCAAAAGCCUCCAGAUCCGCCCCCACAACCCCCGAAAGGCAGCGCGGAUCCAGUCAUACAAAUGUUGGCUACAAGAGCUGCAGUGAAUCCUGAGCUAAAGGCGCUCAUGCGGGUUGUUGCCUCGAGUGAAGCGUCGCAAGAGCAGUUGCGUGCCUUUCAAGCUCAUAUUGACGAGCUCAAUGCGAUCAUCGCUAGCCGAAACCAGCAAGAAUCACGGAUCAAUUCUCCACAGACUAAUUCGCCCUAUCAUCCUAAAUCUACUUCCAUGUCUCCUGCGCCGCCUGGACCUUCCGGCCCGCCGGCGGCUAGCAGGCCCGGAGCAAAACCACUUAUCUUUCAGCCACAAUCCCAUAAUCCUCCUCCGAUCCAGUAUUACAGUCCUUCUAACCAUCAGCCAUCUCGCUCUUCACCGUCUACUCCGCCGAUACGAUCCAAAUUCCCGCAGCACCCUCCACCAAAAACCUACCUUCAUCAACAAAGGCCACCGCCACAACUCCAGCCCGCUAAACAGGAUAUUAAAGCAGUGGUUUUUGAAUUUAUUACUCCUCCAGGCCCUGGGCUUGCUGCUUCAGGAGAUCGAUAUCUUCUUCCCGAAAAUAUGAUUAUCGAUUAUAUACCGCCAGGGACGCAGGUCAUAGCUUCGUUUCUUGUGGUUAAGAAAGUUGGCCCUAACGGAACCCCUCUAGAUACACCUUCCUCGACAAAUACCAAAUCAAAAGCGAAAAAAACCAAAAUCGCGUCAACACCCGACGGCACUCCCAAGGCCGGGACACCUUCAAAUGCCAUGCCUCAAGCACCUUUGCCACAGAAAACAGCACAGUCAAAAACCGAUCAAUCUGCUAGGGAUACGCCGGAAACCAAUAACGACUCAUCCCCCAAAAAGACACAAGAAAAAGAAUAUUACCAACCCAUCACAAUGCGCUUGUUUGCGAGUAAUGCACGUGUUCUUGAACCCCUUGCCCGAGUUGUUAAACCUCUGGUCGAGGUUCAACGGUACAUGAACGAUGUGAUGGAUCGGGUUGAACGGGCUCCUAUUCGCUACCUCGCAAUGAGAUUACCUUGCGAAAAACCCGGCAAGAAUGGGACGGAUGAUAGUGAUACUGUCCAAGCGAGCGCGGGUGACCCAUCGUCCAGAACCGGAAAUACGACAAUUGGCAAUAAGACUAAGGAUAGGAGUGAAACGGGAGCAGCAGUAAAGGAAGGGACAGAGAAUAGAGAGACUGAAGCUACCCCUAGCUUGGGCGAGGACAAUGAAGAAUUGAAGGACUUCUAUGAUGCUCCCUUUGGACUUGUCCCUUUGAGGUAACCAUCCGUUUGAUGAGGGGUGCUGAUUCUGUAAUAUAUAUAAACCUUUUAGGCUUGAGAGACUCGGAA